AGUCCAAACUCCAGGCCUGGGCGAGGCACUGACUGGUCGAGUCCCUGUGCAGCCUCUUGAUGAAAAGCCGCGUGCCCGCCGGUAGUGCAGAAAAGACUUUUGAGCUCACGAUGAAGCCGGACGGGCCUCGCUUGCGUCUGAGUUCCGUGGUCUUCGGGUUCUUGCUUCUCCUCGUCCCGGGCCAGGUGGAAACGCUGGCGGCACAGUUUGAGGCUGUAUUUUGGGAUCAAACCAUGGUGGUUUGAGCAGACCCAGCAAGAGCGAGAAACCCUGGCCGAAUUUUCUCUGAUGGAUCCGUAGAGCUGCUGGUGACCCAUGUUGCUUUCUUGGCUGCAAUGAGGCAAAAGUUCUCCUCAUGACAUCACUCUUUAUUUGGAGAAUACUUUAUGUCAUUCUUGCCACCUGGAGUGUGAGAUCCUGAAGGACAAGAAUCUUGUCUGUCUGAUUCCUACAGUUCUCCUGCUGCUCCUAGACCUGCACACAGCCAGGACUCUACCCACCCUGUCCGGACCACACACACAGGGAAGGUGCAGGGGAGCCUUGUCCACGUGAGGAAUGCUGAUGUGGGGGUCCACACCUUCUUGGGAAUUCCCUUUGCCAAGCCACCUGUAGGGAUGCUGCGAUUUGCACCCCCGGAGCCCCCAGAAUCUUGGAGCGGUGUAAAGGAUGUGACUUCCCAUCCAGCCAAGUGUCUGCAGGACGUCGACGGCAUGAAAAGAAUGACUGAUAAACUAUGGAAUGUGACCCUGCCUUCUACCUCCAUGUCUGAAGAUUGUCUGUACCUCAACAUCCACACACCUGCCCAUUCCCACGAGGGCUCCAGUCUGCCUGUGAUGGUGUGGAUCCAUGGUGGCGGGCUUGUCCUGGGCAUGGCUUCCAUGUAUGACGGCUCUGCCAUGGCGGCCUUUGAGGAUGUGGUGGUGGUCGUUAUCCAGUACCGCCUGGGUUUGCUGGGCUUCUUCAGCACUGGAGACAAGCAUGCAACUGGCAACUGGGGCUACCUGGAUCAAGUGGCCGCACUGCGCUGGGUCCAGCAGAAUAUAGCCUACUUUGGAGGCGACCCUGGCCGUGUCACAAUUUUUGGCGAGUCUGCAGGUGGCAUAAGCGUGUCUUUGCACCUCAUGUCCCCCAUGUCCCAAGGACUCUUCCAUGGCGCCAUCAUGGAGAGUGGGGUGGCCCUGCUGCCUGGCUUCACUGCCAACUCAUCUGACAAGGUCUCCAAAGUGGUGGCCAACCGGUCUGCCUGUGGGCAGGCUGACUCAGAGGCCCUGGUGGACUGCCUGCGGCACAAGAAUGAAGAGGAGAUUCUGGACAUCAACAAGCCCUUCAAGAUCAUCCCCGGCCUGGUGGAUGGGGUCUUCCUGCCCAAGCACCCCCAGGAGCUGCUGGCCUCUACGGACUUUCGACCUGUCCCCAGCAUCAUUGGUGUCAACAACGAUGAGUACGGUUGGAUCAUCCCCUUGACCGUGAACAGUUCUGACACCAGGAGGGAAAUGAGCAGAGAGUCCAUGAAGGAUGCCUUGCAGGAAUUGGCAGCAAUGACGGCUAUGCCUCCUGAGUUUGGUGACCUGUUGAUGGAGGAGUACAUAGAGGACAGUGAGGACCACCAGACCCUCCAAAACCAGUUCCAUGAGAUGAUGGAGGACUACAUUUUCGUGAUCCCUGCACUUCAAGUAGCAAUGUUUCAUCGUUCCCACGCCCCCGUCUACUUCUACGAGUUCCAACAUCAGUCCAGCUUCUUCAAGGAUGUCAGGCCGAGCCAUGUGAAGGCGGACCAUGGAGAUGAGGUUCUCUUCCUCUUUAGGAAUGAGCAAAUCCAAUUCACUGAGGAGGAGGAGCUGCUGAGCAGGAGGAUGAUCAAGUAUUGGGCCAACUUUGCUCGAAAUGGGAACCCCAAUGGUGAGGGUCUGCCCCACUGGCCGUUGUUCGACCAGGAGGACCGAUACAUGCAGCUGAACACGCAGCCUGCAGUGGGCCGGGCCCUGAAGGCCCGCAGGCUCCAGUUCUGGAUGAAGACCCUACCCCAGAAGAUACAGGAGCUAACGGAGACCAAGGAGAAGCACACAGAAUUGUAGCUCCCUGCAUCUGGGGGUGGGGGCUGGGGGCUUGAGUACAGGUGGGAGUCUGCCGGAUGUGCCCACAGAUGCCCAGGGAGGAGCCAGCAGUUUUUUCCUUCAUUCACACAGCCAUUCAUUCAUUCAUUCAUUCUUCUACCCAUCUAUCCAUCCAGCAAGCAUUGAAGAACCGACUGCCUGAUGUUCCCAAGCCUGUCAUGGGUCCUCUCUUCUCAGACACAGUCAAUAAACCUUCCCAGGAAGCUGCAUGAGCAGACA